UCGUCCAUUAUAUUUCUCAUCAAACACAAAGUUCCUAUAGCAAAUGUAAGCAUGCUAUCUCCUACUUCAAAAUGGUCUUAUAACCUUUUCCUAAACACAUUUCUACUUAUCUUUGUUUUAUCAUUUAAUCUAGGUUCCUCGACAUCUAAAUGUAACCCAAAUGAUAAAAACAACCUUCUAGAGAUAAAAAAGCAUUUCAAUAUAUAUGGUAAUGCCUCCACAUUCGUGAGUUGGGAUCCAAACACUGAUCCUUGUACGAAUUGGACUGUUGGGAUCAACUGUGAUACCAAUGGUCGUGUUACUAAUCUUCUAAUUAGCUCUGAUUAUGAUGUCGUAGGUGAGAUCCCAGCUUCCAUAGGAGAGCUCCCAUACCUCCAAUCCCUAUAUCUAUCCUACUUGCCACACCUCUCUGGCCCAAUUCCCCUCUUCUUAGCAAAAUUGACCAAUCUUGAACAACUUAAACUCGGCUAUAAUCUUAGUGGAUCAAUCCCUGAAUUUUUAGGCCAACUUAAGAAACUAACCGUCAUCGAUCUCUCCUCUAACACCCUCACCGGCUCAAUCCCUUCAUCAUUAAGCCAUCUCCCUAAGAUCAGGUACAUUAGCUUUGAAAAUAACAUGCUUUCUGGUUCUAUCCCUACCUCCUUUGGCUCAAUCAAGAGCUUGGGACAACUUUUCCUCAACUCCAAUAACCUUUCAGGCCCAAUCCCAUCUUCUUUUUCUCGCCUUUCAAACCUUAACUUCCUUGACCUCAGACAAAAUCAACUCACCGGAAACAUCCCACCCUCAUUUGGCUCCUUCAAAGCCUUAUAUCUCUACCUCUCCUUUAACAACCUAUCCGGCCCGAUUCCAAGGUCAUUUGGCAACGCCAAUUUACCGCAACUUCUUAUUAGCAACAAUAAGUUUACCGGGGAUGCCUCAUUUUUGUUUUCUAAGGACAACACUGUCAUAUCGUUUAUAGACAUUAGCAAUAAUUUAUUCAACUUCGAUUUCUCUAACGUUGAUCUUCCUCAAAGUUUGAAUUAUCUCGACAUAAGCCAUAAUAAAAUUUAUGGCUCCCUUCCUAAACGACUGGGACAGUUGCCUUUGAAAGGUAUUGAUGUCAGCUUCAAUCAGCUUUGUGGGAAGAUACCCACUGGUAGGCGAUUAAAGAGGUUUAAGCCUACAUUGUUUUCCAAUAACAAAUGCUUGUGCGGUCCACCAUUAUUACCUUGCCGUUAGUAAGCUUCAAAUGCAUAAUUCAAGUUAUUUAAAUAAGCCAAUGAGGUUUGAUGAGAAACAAACAUGAAGAGUUCAAGUCAAUAAAUCAAGUAUCCAAGCAGCAACAGAGUUCUUCAAAGGAACACAAACAGAUCAGUUCCUCAGCAGAACCUAAGAGGAACAACGAGGAUAAAGUUCCUGAGUAGGAACAAGCAUGGAGAAGUUUCAGAGGCGGAACUAUCAACAUGAGGCUCUUGAGUUGGAGCAUCAUGAAGCAUGAAGAAGAAAAUAAGAGUUUAUUUUCUAGGAUUCAUGUAAGUAUGUAGAAACUUGAAUAAUUAAGGAACACGGUGCCAAAAGGAACUUGUCGGAACUUAUGAGAAAUAACGUCAGUUUAUUUUCCUAUAAUAUUCCUAGUCUUAAGGUAAUUUUAAG